AUGUCGGUCACAUCUCAAUCAGAUGCAACUAUGAAUGUUGUAUUCGUUGGCAACCCGCCUUCAACUCAUGCAUCUCUGGGCGCCAAUGUCAACGCUACCGAUCCGGAGUCUCAAGGGAUCACUGACCCUAGGGCUAAGAAACGCAUGCAGAAUAGAGUAGCCCAGCGAAGUUACCGGCGUCGCGUCAAGUCCCGCAUUGCCGAUUUCCAAAAGAAGGUGGCUCAGUAUGAAGAUGCAAAUUCAUCGAAACAAGGUCCAGAGACGGGAGAUCAACCUCGUGUUCAUGAAGAGUCUGUGCAACAACGGAUAUCAUAUACAUCACCCGAAAGAGCCAGUCAGGGACCAGUUGGCUCUCGACCAACCCGCGAAAACCUCCAAGAGAGUUCUACUCACGGAAAUUCACAUUGCACUUUUUACCCAGCAGUGUCCCUCGCUCCUGGGAAUCAGAUAUCAGGCCCCCCAGCGAUAAAAUCAGGAAGAUCUAGUCAGCAGGUUGGAUCAGGCUGCGAGGCGCAGCAGAAUCGCCGUUUAAGCUUGGUAACCGAACCUCAUGAGGCCAAUGGAGACCUCCGCCAAGCCCAUUUUGACGAUAUUGUCGUGAACCAGCACACCACCCCAGCCAUAUUGCAGUCUUUUCCUACAUCAACCUUUGAUACGGCUGCUUCUCAUGCCCCAUUUAUAACUGAUGGCCUUGAAGGAGAAUUAGAUAUUGAAUGGAUGAUAGCAAACACAGAGAUAGAGGCACGAAAGUCAUGCUCAUGCGACAAAUCACCAGACCAAAACACGAAAGUCUCUUCCACCAAAGCCAUUUCACUAAUGAACCAAUCAUCCACCACAAGACGACCGAGCUACGUCUCAUCUUCAAGGUCACCAGCAACCGCGCCCGGGGAAUCACUAAACGCCAGAUUUCAGAACAUCAUGGAAUGCGUCGGCGCAAUGGGUUUCGAAAGCUUUGAUGAUCUAGUGACUUCAUACUACACCGACGAGUUUGAAGAAGCAUCCAAGCUCUCCCAUGAGCAGCGAUUCAGCAGGAUCAGAAGACUCCCUGGAGUAUUCGCCGAGAUUCUGGAAGGUGCAAGAAGAUGGGAGCCUUUGGAGUGCCGUGGUAUCGGUGAAGAAGUUCUCAAAGAGUCUGAAGCGGUUCUUAUGCUUGAGAGUAGCGACGCUUGGCAAUCGUUACAGUCAAUCACGGAUGCAGCUAUAGCACAAGAUGAUAUCUCUACGGAGCGGUUAUAUCAGAAUUUCAGCACACUCCUACCCAUUGAAGUAGGUCUCAUACAAAUGAUAGCAGAGUGGAAAAUCACGCUUCUAAACAGACUCGACUCGUUCAAAACUGACAGAAAUAUAGAUGCCGAAACUAUGGACCUUAUUGAUGGCGCUUGUCGCAUCUGA